AUUUUUAUAAAGCAUACGUGUGUAGUGCGUUGUGACAGAGUGUAGUGCUAUAUGCGGCUACACUCCUUAAUUUUUAAUUUUUUUUUCAAUUAAAAAUGCAAACGUGACAUUUUUUAAAUACGCAUGCGUGCGUAACUGUCAAAAACGUCUUCAGGACGUCAGCUGGCUAUCGUAAUUUUGCCCGUAGUUACAUUAUUUAUAAAUUAAUCCGUGAAGUGUUCUAGUGAAGACUGAAUUAUAAGUAAAAAUGUCUAAGGAAACGCCUCUUGUGGGCCUAGAUGCUAUACUGAAGCAGCUGGGACCCUUCGGAAGGUACAAUGUGCUCAACUACAUGAUGCUGCUAUUUCCAUGCUUCUUAGCUGGGAUGUACGGCUCUGUCUUCGUGUUUGAGGCUUCGGAUAUUAAUUACAGAUGCGAAAUAUCAGAAUGCGAGAGUUCACAAGACAGUACAUGGCUGGAGCAUGCAAUACCUAUGGAAAAAGAUUCCCCUGCCAAAUGCACUCGGUAUGCCUUCUUGGACGAUAUCAGUGCAAACAGUUCGUGUCCAGCAAACAUAUUUAAUAGAAAUAGGACUGAGAAGUGUAGUUCUUAUGUUUAUAGCGAUGAAGACUCUGCUGUUAAAGAUUUCGAUUUGGGCUGUCAAAAUUGGAAGAGGACUCUCAUAGGCACCAUACACAACUCAGGGUUGUUCCUGUCAUUACCGCUGACCGGCAUUAUAUCAGAUAGAUUCGGGAGAAAGCGUGCCCUCGCUAUAGCAUCGCUCAUGAACUGUACAUUUGGUUUCUUGAGGUCUUUCUCCACUACCUACAUCAUGAUGGUGAUCUUUGAGUUCCUCGAAGCUGGUUUCGGAGCUGGUGCCUACACUACUGCUUUUGUUUUAGCCAUGGAGUUAGUCGGUCCCAAGGGACGCGUCUUCGGCAACACGCUCAUUAACGUCGUUUUCGUAUUCGGCCUCAUGACUCUCUCCGGUCUCUCCUGGAUCCUUCAGAGCUGGAGAACACUCCUUAGGAUCAUCUAUCCUCCAGCCCUCCUAGUAUUCUCUUACCUCUGGAUCCUCAACGAGAGUGUAAGGUGGCUACUCAGCAAAGGAAGGAACGACGAAGCCAUCGAAAUACUGAAAAAGGCAGCAAAAAUGAACAAAGUUCAAUUGUCCGAACAAGAUUUCACGCCUCUAUACGAAAUGGAAACGACCAAAGAAAAAAAAGAAAAAGAUGAUGAUGAAGAAAAGAAAGUGGAGCCAUCUUUAUUUAUACAAGUUUUAAGAUCAAGUAUUAUUAGAAAAAGACUGGUUGUAUGCUCAUAUUUAUGGAUUACUUGCACUUUUGUGUACUAUGGGCUGUCGAUCAACUCUGUGUCGCUGGCUGGCAAUAAGUAUGUCAACUUCAUGUUGGUGGCCUUCGUGGAGAUUCCCGCUAAUUUUGUCUGUUUAUGCGUGCUGGACAGGUUUGGGAGGAAGAGGGUCAUGAUAAUCAUGUAUAUUUUGAGUGCGUGCCUUUGCAUCGGACUGUCGUUUUUACCCAAAAAUCAAAUGUGGUUGUCGCUGAUCAUCUACCUUUCUGGAAAGUUCUCGAUCACAGUCGCUUACAGUUCAGUAUACAUCUACGUUUCUGAGGUGUUUCCGACCAAGGUCAGGCAGUCGCUGCUGGCCAUUUGCUCGUCUACUGGUAGGAUUGGAUCCACUCUUGCACCGCUUACACCUCUUUUGGCAUUGUACUAUGAUAACCUGCCAGCGAUAUUCUUCGGCACCCUCGCUGUGAUAGCUGGUAUGCUGGUCUUUACCUUACCAGAGACUAUUAACGUACAAUUACCUGAUACCAUUGAGGAGGCUGAGCGGUUAUCGAGAGCGAGAAGCGAGAAGAACUUAGCUUAAUGUGAUAUUAAAUUCGAAUUUUGUAUUUCGUUGACUUUUGACUCAAUGACUGCAAAAACAUCACCACGUGCAGGUAAUGAAGCUUGUAUCUAUGAGUUUAUUAUAAAAGAAUUCAGAAAUUUUGUUUUUUUUUUCUUUAUUUGCAGUUGAUGAGUUUUUACAAGCCGACGAAUUAAUAUUAAUGUGAUUGUUUGUGUCAUAUAGUCUACCAAAAUGUACAAAUGAAAUGUGCUCUUCAGUUCUAGAGAAUAGACUUGUGUUUUGGGUAAAAAAUCAUGAUUAAACAAGUUAAUGUUCAUUUGCAGCCUUGUUCAAUAAACGAUCCCAAUCUCAAUCUCCAGUCCGAUUCCGAGAACGAACCAAUCAAAAUUACUCAUUUGCAAGCAUGUCAAGAAUAAUUUGUUCUGAUUGGUCCAUUUUUGAGAUAGAUCGAAAAACCGAUUGGGAUCGUUUAUUGAAAAUGGCGGUUAUAAACCCACUAUGUAAACAGAAAAGAUGACUCUUAAAAACUUCAUUUGUGAUAUAAAAUGCAUAGGUAAUAUAAUAUAGCAAUAAUGCUUUUAAAUGCCAACAAUUUUAUAAUACAUAUUUGUAUAAAAUUAAUUGUAAAGCAAAUAAAAAACAACAGAUUGUUAUUUCUUACGUGUACGUUUUUAAGCAGUUUUUAUAUAAAAAAAAUGUUAAUUUUUAAUGCUUUGCCGCCAUUUUUUGAUAUUUGUAAGCGCUUUCGACGUAUCAAUUUUUAUAACAUUCCACGCUCAUUAAGUGACCAGUAUCAUAUUUUUAAUUUUGAUACAUUUUUUGAAAAAUAUUUUCUGAUGCCACGUACAAACUGACGAUUUCGCCUUAGUAACAAUUAUUAUCGAAAUGGUUAUAUUUAUUGAAAAUAAAAUCACUAUGGAAAAGAAA